UUGUAUUUACCCCUUAACUAGUUUAAACAACUAUAUUAUAUAUGUUUUUUUGGUCCUUGUUAUAACAAAUUUUCAACAGUAGUAGGAAAUUAUUUUGUUAGAAACGUUAUUGUGACUGGUUACUUUUAAAAUGAAGUUUAACAUUUACCACAUGUUCAUGAAAUAAACAUCAGCCGGCAAUUUAUUAUAAAUAGGUUUUCAUAAAUUUAAUCGCUUGAGAUUGAAAAUAAAUAUAAAUACCAUGAGCGCAGUGACUAUCGAAACUUGCGAACAAAUUCCGGGCGUGCAAAAUGAAACUGAGAAAGAGCGUACGGAUGAAAAAGUUGUAGAGGAAGCGAUUCUUGACGAAACUCCGAAGGAUGAGAAGUCAACUAAUGUAACAAAUGACGAGUUUAAUUACUUAAAACGAAAUGAAUUUACCUCCGAGAUUUACAAGAUUGAAGUUCGGAAUUUGGGCUAUUUCGGUAUUGGGGAAUUUAAGAAGCUUUUAAAGUCCAAGCUAAAUCUCAACAUGACUAAAAUUAAAUCCCCACUUCGUAAAGAGUUCGCAUUCGUAUGUUUUCGUAGUGAAGAAGAUCAACAACGAGCAAUUGAGACGCUGAAUGGGUAUAAAUGGAAAGGAAAAGUGUUGCAAGCUGGUGCGGCAAAAGCGUCUGCAGAUCCAUUACAGAAACGUCGUAAUGAAAACGCGCAGCGUGAGGAGAAAGAACGUCAGCCAAAACGACAACGUACUUCUGCCGAUGCGAUAUGUCCCUACGCUGCCUUUUCCUAUGACGAACAGUUACAAAAAAAAAGUAGUGAAAUGGAGGAACUUUUAAAAAAAUUCAUAAAUAAAUUACGUAACACUAACCAGGCAGCCAAGAAGCAAUUGAACGAAUUCAAAUUUACUGGUGUUAAAGCGUCUCCACAGAUUAAUGGUUACCGUAACAAAAACGAGUUCACUGUUGGCAAAAAUGCCUUGGGCGAAGUUGUGGUUGGCUUUCGUUUGGGCAGCUAUGCUGAUGGGUCCGUUGAGGUUUCAGAAAUUCAAGACUUACCACAUAUACCCGACUCGGCUAAAUGGGCAGCAGAGAGUUUUCAACAUUUUGUUCGAGAUUCAAACUUUCUGCCAUUUAAUCCAGAGGAUAAUUCUGGCCAUAUUCGACAGUUGAUGGUACGCACAUCUGCCCAUACGGGAGAGAUAAUGUUGGUUGCCGGUGUUUAUUCUUCGAAUUUGAAGGAUACCGAAGUAGCAGCUUUGAAGAAGAAUUUGAAAGAAUACUAUGAAACAUGUGCCGACGACGUAAGAGGUUUCAAAUGUACAUCUUUGUAUUAUCAAGAUGUGAAACAUCGUGAAGUCGGUCAAGUGGUCUCGCCUAUAGAACAUAUUUCUGGCAGCACACACAAUACUGAUACAAUUCACAAUCUAGUUUUUAAGAUAAGCCCACUGGCUUUCUUUCAAAUAAAUACGCAGGGUGCCGAAGUUCUCUAUGAUAAAGCUAUCGAGUUGGCCUCACCUAAACCACAUUCCACGGUAUUAGAUAUUUGCUGUGGCACUGGCACGAUAGCUUUGGCAUUCGCCAAACAUUGCAAACAAGUACUUGGUGUAGAAAUUAUACCAGAUGCAAUUAAGGAUGCUGAAUUCAACGCUGCGGCCAAUUCAAUUGAAAAUUGUAAGUUUUUUGCUGGUAACGCAAAUGACUACAUACAAUCGAUGGUGCGUGAAGUUGUUUACGGUAACGCACCUGGAGCGCCGCUGGACCUGAUCGCUGUGGUGGAUCCACCGAGAGCUGGGCUACAUAAUAGAUCGAUAGCAGCCAUACGCGCCGCAACAGCAAUAAAGCGCCUGGUGUACAUAUCUUGUAAUCCAGCGCAUGCCCAACGAAAUUGGAUUGAAUUGGGUCGACCAGAGUCAAAACAAUAUAAGGGGGAUCCCUUCUUUCCAAAAACCGCCAUUGCAGUAGAUAUGUUUCCACAUACUACACACACUGAACUGGUAAUCCUAUUUGAACGUGCGACGCAAACAAAUGAUGGAGAGGAAAACAAAGAGGCAAGCAGCACCGAAAAUAUCGUUGGUACACAAGUUGAAGGAAAAGGAAUUGAAGUAGAUAUAGAACCAAAUAAAAGUUAAUAUUGGUUGCAUUUCUGAAUCUACAUAAAUUUUUAUAUAUGUACAUACCAACAUUUUGUGUAUAUAUGUAUAACACACUUUAAUAGUUUAACCAUUUGUAUCAAAAAUAAAAUUACGCAAUAUUGUAAUAUA